GUGGGUAGCAACAGUUGCCCCGGUGAGGACGAGGCGCCAUAGUCACGGUAGUCGUGGCGACAAGAACCCAGCAACGAGAAUCAACAACAACAAUUUGAGGCAUUAAGAAAAUAAAACUCCGCGCCAAACUAAGAUCGUCCAGCAAGAAGCGAAAGAGGGAUUUUCGGCUGUUGUCGUCAUGGCAACUUCAGGCUACACCGCCGAGGAUCUUCAACCCUCCCAGUCACAAGGGGGCAACGUCACGACAGCCUCAUCGACCCAGCAGAAAGCCACUUCCACCACCGGCACGUCUCAGUUCCUGUCCGACAUGCAGAGCUCUCCGGGGUCUGCGUCAUCGCAGACGGGGUCUAUCAUAAGAGCACAGGCCGCGCCCUCGGUCACUCAAAAGAAAGCAGUCUUGGCCACGCCCCCUCAGGGACCGCAGUACGUCACAGGAGAGAUACAAAGCCCCGCCUCCCAAGCCGGAAACGGCCGGAGCGCCCAGUACAUAGUGGUGACCGUUACUGAGGGCUCGGUUCACUCAAAUGACUCUGAAUCUAGUUCUCCCCCGGCGGGACAGACAGGUGUACCCACACAGGUAGUGCAACAGGUGCAGACAGCACAGCAGAGGUCAGUUGUUCAGGCUGUAACCAAGAGUCAAAGUGGACAACUGGGGGUCAGUAAUCUACACAUCACACCUGAGCAUGUGUACUCAGGCCAGUUUGUGGAGGGAGACGCCAACUACAACGAUGCUGCAAUUCGUUCCAAUAGUUACUCGUUCGCAGACCCCUCCCUCUACCCUCAAGCCACGCCCUCUGUCACUUAUUAUGAGACCUCCCCCACCACCGGCUCCCUGGUCACGUCCCCCGCCACCACUCAGGCUGUGUCCGUGACGUCCGGGAUGGGCACAGGGGUGGUGUCCAUGUUCUCAGAGGGCAGUUCGGGGAUCACCGUGGUGACUGGCGGGGCUUCCUCGGAAGUGGGCGGGGCCACCGGCGGAGGGGCGGGGAGUUACGUGAUUCAGGGCGGGUACAUGCUCGGCGGAGGGAACCAGAAUUUCUCACACAACACACGCGCUUCACCUGCGACUGUGCAGUGGCUGAUGGAUAACUACGAGACAGCUGAAGGUGUAAGUCUUCCUCGCUGUACUCUCUACUGUCAUUACCUCCUGCACUGUCAGCAGACCAAGCUAGAACCCGUGAACGCCGCCUCCUUUGGAAAACUCAUCCGCUCCGUGUUCAUGGGCCUCAGAACCAGACGUCUCGGCACCAGAGGGAACUCGAAGUACCAUUACUAUGGCCUUCGAAUCAAGAGCAACUCCCCUCUGCACAGGCUGGUAGAGGACCAGCAACACCUGGCCAUGAGACAACAGCCGUACUCACAGAAACAGAGAAUAAAGCCUGUGCAGAAGGUUGAGGGACUGACCAAUGGAAUGGGUCUGGGGGUGGGGCAUCAACAAGGGGCGGGGCUAUCCGACAUCAGCGCCCAGGUUCACCAGUAUCAGCAGUUUUUGGAUACGUCUCACAGUCUGCCUGAGUUCCCCGUGAUCGAGGACGAGGGUAAAUUUCUGCCGGACGGACUCCUUCCUCAACACAUACACACAUAUCAGGUGAUCUACAGAGAGCACUGCGAGGCGAUUCUGGACGUGAUGGUAAACCUGCAGUUCCCUCUUGUGGAGACGCUGUGGAAGAGCUUCUGGAGGUUCAGUGAAGGACAAACCAGCGACACGGACACACUUGACCUUCAUGAUGAAUCAGAGAAGCGUUUGCCCAAGUCAGUUCUGGUUCUGUUGUGUAAAUAUGAGCCCGUCCUGCACUGGACCCGUGAAUGCGACAACUUCCUGUACCAAAGCCUAGUCGAAAUCCUCAUCCCUGAUGUCCUGAGACCCAUCCCCAGUGCCUUAACUCAAGCCAUCCGUAACUUUGCUAAGAAUCUGGAGAACUGGCUCACUAACGCCAUGAUCAGCAUCCCGGAGGAGAUGGUCCGCAUCAAGGUGGUGUGUGCGGGAGCGUUCGCUCAGACUCUGCGUCGCUACACGUCUCUCAAUCAUCUGGCUCAGGCGGCCCGCGCCGUCCUGCAGAACACGGCUCAGAUCACACAGAUGCUCAGCGACCUCAACCGCGUCGACUUCACCAACGUACAGGAGCAGGCCUCGUGGGUGUGUGGCUGUGAAGAUGGCAUGGUCCAGCGGCUGGAGCAGGACUUUAAGAUCACCCUGCAGCAGCAGAACUCUCUGGAGCAGUGGGCGGCAUGGCUGGAUGGGGUGGUUUCACAGGUCCUGAAGCCGUACACCGACAGCCAGACCUUACCCAAAGCGGCCAAACUCUUCCUGCUCAAGUGGAGCUUCUACAGUUCAAUGGUGAUCCGAGAUCUGACCCUGCGCAGCGCAGCCAGCUUCGGCUCGUUUCAUCUGAUCCGACUGCUGUAUGACGAGUACAUGUACUACCUGAUCGAGCACAGAGUCGCACAGGCCAAAGGAGAGACGCCCAUCGCUGUUAUGGGAGAGUUUGCCUGUCUGAACAGAAGUCAGAGGUCAAUGGAUCCGGAUAAAGAUGAGGAAGAGGACGACGAGACGGACGAGACCGAUGAGGAUCAGGACAUGGCCGUUCCGGAAAACUCCUUGGUUCUGGGGGAGGAGUCACUGGAGCCGCCCACAAAACUGGCCAGAACAGAGCUGUUCAACAACACCACGCAGAACUAACACACGCGUUCAUCUGUUAUACAGUCAAUGCUUUCACAGUCAGUCUUGCUGAAUUGUUUGAGGAAGUUCACAAUGAGAAAGUGAUCAUGUGACUUUCCUAUGGUGCAUCAGACCCCAGAGCUGCUAAAUGAACGGUAACAUCCACAUGCCUUAAUUAAGCGCUCACACACACAUUUUUCAUUGCCUUCAUUUUCUCAAUCAAAGCUGCCAUGUGUCUUUACUCUUAAAGAAACAGUUCAUCCAAAAAUGUAAGUAUUCAAUUAAAGUCUCGCUAAAGUGUGAGAAAGAGACAUACGGUUCGGAACGAGAGAGUAAACGACGUCAUUUCUGUGUGAACUGUCCCUUUAAGAGUUUGGUUCUGAUACUCCAUGCUGCCAUUGAAAUCAUCCUUUGCCAAAGCCAAUCAUACCUUACCUUGACCCGUUCCUCAUUAAUAUUCAUGAGUGUAGUCACUGAAGAGAUUUUGCAUUUCACGUCCUUCCAUGCUUUUGAAUUUUCUUCUUUUUUUUUUUUUUAAAUAUUAAUGAAAAUAUAUACAGCUGUUAUGCUUUAAUCGGACGUCUAAUUUCGAUGCUUUUUGAUUUGGUCGGAUUGUCCGAUGCUAAUGGAUCAAAAUGUGCCUUGAGAGGAUUAUUCAAUCCUGAGAUCCAUAAACGUAUUAAUAAAUGUAGAAAAACAAUCAUGAUGAGGAUGCUUUACAUUUUCAGGCCUCGUUCAUUAAACAUGAGGAGAAUUAGUUGUGUCAACAGUUUUCGCAUAACUAUCAUGUUCAGUUCAAUGCAGAAAUGUACAUUUCCCUCACAAGUUUCAUGAAUGAGGCUCAAUGUCUGUUUAAUCAUUGACCACUACAAUGAAUUAAAAGAAUCAUGUGUUCAUAAUGAGAUUCA